UGCAGAUUUAGACACAUGGAAAUGCAGCAAAACUGCAGCAUUUCAUGCUUCUGGGAAACUCAGCCUCUUGGUUGUGUGAAGAUCAGUUGUGUGUUUUAUCAUAGCAAACCCCGUAAUAUCAAUGGACUUUUUUUGCCACCAAGUAGCAAUGUCACACUACAAAAAGAAACCCAGGAAGGAAUUCUGCCCCCUGCCCAGAGUCAAGAGCCUCUGAAACCUCAGGAGAAUAUUUCGAGACCCAUUCAUCCCCCAUUGGUCAUAACUAUUAAUUUUGAAGAAGAAGAGGAGGAGGAAGAGGAAGAUGAAAAUGACAAAGAGAACAAUGCUUCUAGUUUGUGGACAAAGACUCCAGAGGAAAUCGAAGAAGAAAGGGCGAUAAAGGAAAUGUGCUAUAAGUCUGGCGAAUACUACAGAUUUCACACUCCUCCAGACAUUUCAGCAGAAAGCAUAACUUCAACAGUGGAAAAAGAGUUAGCAAAACCCUUGGAAAAUGGCAAUGAAUUGCAAGAAGGGGAUGGUCUUACAGUUCCAACGAAGUUCAAUAUAUUUGAAAGACAAGGUGAGAUAAAAGCAUCAUUGGAUGGAAAACCAAGAACCGACCUUGCUGCUUUUGAAAAUGGAGGGGGUGACUGUUAUGUACCGCAAAGGAUCAUAUUUCUCGGAGUGGAUGAAAGUGAAGCUUUAACUGAAGAGAACGAAUUCAUCAUGUCAAAAGGUUCAAACAGUAGUAAAGACAUCAAGGACAGUCUUCAUCCAAAGCGUCCUGUAACUACAAGACCAGUACCUACAACACACGUAUUAAAUGCUACUGAGAAUAUCAACACAAAAUGCAAAGAGGAUCCCUCUUCAAUGAAUGAUGCUCAGUCAGCGAGGAAACCUAACUUUAAAGGGGUGAAAAAAAAGAAAUGGAUUUAUGAGGAACCAAAGAACCCCCCAGGCACAGGGACAAGGAAAGCAGCACAAGCUCCAAACCCCAAAAAUAAAAUGAGCUACCAACGAAAUGAUAAGAACAGGAAUGUGGAGAAUGCAGCCUAUGUUCACGUUCAGAGGGAAACCGUAAGGAGUGUUUCAUUGAACUCAGCAGCACGUGGCAGGCCAACAAAUGGGACUUAUAACAAAGUCAGUGUUAACAAGGACCCCAAACUCAACCUCUGUCCAGACAAAUAUACCUCAACAUCCUAUAAUGCUUCAACAUGGAGAAAAAGAAUUCCUUUUUCAAAAACAUAUUCAAAAACUGAAAAGAUAUAUUCAGAGCCAAGACGAAAUGGAAGCAAGUAA